AGGGUCGAUGGGUCUGCAUGUGCUUGCGGGACGACUGAAGAGUCAGUAGCUUGGGCCAUCUCUCGCGAAGUAUUCCUCCCAUGCGCGAUAUCGAGCACCACAUCCAGCUCGAGCCCAACUAUCGCAUUCAGAAUCGCGCCCCAUAUCGCCUUUCGGUUCCCGAAGCCCAGGAACUUAAGCGCCAACUUGAGGAGCUGCUUGGUCAGGGCUUCAUUAAACCGAGUACUUCCCCAUGGAGUGCCCCGGUCGUCUUCGAUCGCAAGAAGGACGACACCCUUCGUCUCUGUAUUGACUACCGCGGUCUCAACCACUACACGGUCAAAAACAACUAUCCCAUGCGUCGCGCGGAUGAUCUGUUUGACCGCCUCGCCGGCCACCAUUUCUUCACGAAGAUCGAUCUUCGUAGCGGAUAUCACCAGAUCCUUGUAGCCGAGGAGGACCAGACCAAGACCGCUUUUCGUUCUCGUUUCGGGCACUAUGAGUUUACCGUCAUGCCUUCCGGUCUCCGUAAUGCCCCCGCCACUUUCCAGACGGCUAUGAACACGACGUUCCAAGACCUCCUUGAGGAUUCUGUUCUAGUCUACAUAGACGACAUCCUGAUCUACAGUCAUACCUUAGAGGAGCAUCUGAUCCACCUUUGCACUGUCCUGCAACGAUUACGCGACCACGGGUUCUAUGCAAAGCUUUCCAAAUGCAGCUUUGCUAAACCCAAAGUGGACUUCCUCGGGCAUCAGGUAUCCGAGCACGGCCUCCACAUGGACGACUCGAAGAUCCAGGGCAUCGUCGCGGGCUUGGCGUGGAGUGAUAUCUUUCUUGGAGAGGAUGGAGGAGACGAUGGUGUUGUCAGUGCGGAUGGUGAAGUAUUGUCCGUCGAGGUACGGGCACUAGACUGUGAGGGCGUAAAUCACGAUGAGGAGUUCCUUCUCGUUGGAGGGGUUAUUCAUCUUCGCGGGAAGGAGUUUCUUGCUUGCGAAGGCGAUGGGGUAUUCGCCAGGUGGAGCCUCGGGGUGAGUGGGCGAGUCCUUGAUGGAGGGGGUCUCGGCGGUGUCGCGGGGGAAAUGUUGGGACAGUACGGCUCCGAUGGCGAAGUCGGAGGAGUCAGUGGGGACAUAGAAAUGGCGAGUGGGGUCGGCGAUCUUGAGGACAGGGGCUGUGGUGAUGGUUUGCUUGACGGAGACAAUAUGGCCGAGGUAUUCGACGCUCGAAGCGACAAACGUACAUUUGCUGAGCUUGGCGUAAAAUUUUUGCUCUCGGAGGAUCGAGAAGACUUGGCUGAGGUGCUGAAGGUGGGACUCGAAGGUGGGGUUGAAGACAAGGAUGUCAUCAAGGUAGAUGGCGACACAGACUUCGAGGAGGUUGCGGAAGAUGUGGUUCAUGGUAGAUUGGAAGGUAGAGGGGGCAUUGGUGAGUCCGAUUGGCAUCACGAGGAACUCGUAGUGCCCGAACCGAGAGCGGAAGGCGGUCUUGUGGGUGUCCUUUUCGCGGAUACGGAUCUGGUGGAAGCCACUGCGAAGGUCGAUCUUGGUAAAGUACUUGGCUCCACGGAGAUGAUCAAGGAGCUCGGAAAUCCAAGGUCGAGUGGAGGUGGACUGGCGGGUGAAUCGUGCAGCGUUGGGGCAGUUGGUUUGUUGGUGCCCCAAUCGGCUACAACGGAAGCAACCCCCUUUUGCUUGGAGGUAGGUGCGCUCCUCGGAGGUGUGGUGAACUCGUCCGAGGAAGUGAUGGAGGUUGUCUUCGGGGGUGAUGUGGUGGAAAAAGCGGGUGCGGGAGGUGCCGGGCGGGGGCUGGUGGUGGGGGUGGAGGAGUCGAUCGUGGUGAAGGAUGCGAGAGAGGAGGUCAGCAAGGGGCAUGUCGGGUUUGUGGGUGAGGGCGGUUGCAAGGUCUUUGUGGCAUACUCGUUUGAUGCGGGAGAUGAACGCAAAGUCGGGAAUGACGGUGUGGGGGAGGUGGUGGCGGAGGGAGCGGACGUAUUGGACGAAGCGGUCCGUGGGACCGGUCUGGCGGAGGUGGCAGAAUUGUUCAAGGGAGGAGGUGGAGGGAACGGAAGGGUGGUGGAGGUUGAAGGGUUGGUGGAUGUGGUGGUAGAGGUGGUAGGAGUGGAGGAGGUGGGGGGGGGGGGUGUUGCUGGAGGCGGCUGUGGAGGAGGGAGUGGCUUGCGCUAUGGAGGACGGAGUGGUUUGCGCUGUGGAGGACGGAGUGGUUUGCGUUGUGGAGGACGGAGUGGCUUGCGCUGUGGAGGACGGAGUGGUUUGCGCUGUGAGGAGGGAGUGAUUUGCGCGGUGGUGACGACCGUGAUGGAGGGAUGGUCCCUUCGAAUCGUGGUGACGCGGUCGCAUAUGGACGACAUCUUGGCCUUUAUGUCGUCGAGAGAGGCGGUGACGGAGGUUCGAAGGGUGUUGAGUGCGUGGAGGAUGACGGAGAGGUCGGGGAUGGCAGUGUUUGCUGGUGGUUGUUCGCCUGCGAGGUUGCGGGCGAUGCUAUCGACUGAGUCGGUGCGAAUGUCAGACAUGUUGAUGGAGGAUGCGGCCAUGUCGUGGGAAGAGGGGGUGGAGGACAUGGCCUGAACGGGUGUGGAGGAUGCAGCAUAAGUGGUGGCUGCGACAGUAGCAGCGGCGGCGGCAGCACGUUGGAAGUUCUUGGUUUGGCGUGGUGACAUGUGGAGGUGGGGGGGGGGGCAAUCCCUUAUUUAUUGAUCAAUAAAUAAAGAUAAUUGCCAAGGUUUUCCAAAGAAGAAGAAAAAAAAAGAAUUUCGAAUUUACAAAAUGUCAAAAAAGAAUUCAAUAAAUUUCAAGGAGGAUUUUUUUUUAUUUUUAGUUUUUUGAAAAAGGAAAGGAUAAAAGGAAUUUGGGGAUUUAUGUGGAGGCAGCUUGUAAUUUAAUUCAGCAAAAAUGCCCGCAAUAAAUUAACUCGAGAAAAUUAAAAUUUAAGAUGAAGAUUUUACAAAAAAAGGAAUGAAAUUAAUUGAAUUUC